AUGGCUAUGAGUCCUUCUCCUCAAAUGUCUCCGACAACAUUCGGAAAACAAGUUGAGAAACAAAGAUCAAACUCUCCACCUCCGCAUCAACUAUCCAAAAGAGACAAACGUCGAUCCGCAAUGCAAGAUAAACUGCAUGAAAUGACAGUUAGCUUUGCUUCAAAUAGAGAUCAUCAUUACCGCGACCAACUCAAAGGAUUGCAAAUCGACAUGAAUCUCAUUCAGGAAGCUGACGUUCAUGGCAAAUACGCUCUCCCGGAUGGCAAUGAGGUUGAGCCAUUAGUCGUAGAUGGUAUCAAGAAAGUUAAAGGAAUUGCUGGUCAUCAUCCAUCUGCUGCUGGAAAAGAGUAUGAAUCUUUCGCAAGAGAAAUCAAUAACGCCAUGGAAGAACGGGACGUCGCAUUAACUACGCAUAUGAGAGACUACGAAGUUAAAGCAAAUGAAAUCGAAUCCAGUUAUGCCUAUCGAAUGCGACUCGCGGACUUGGAAUACAAAGCUUUGAUGUCAACCUUGAGAGAUCGUUUGAUCAAUAAGCUCAAUAGCAAGAAAGCACACUUGCUGAAAGAUAAAGAGUCAAUUGAAAUUGGAGAGAGCAAUGCUUUACUUUUACACCCAAGCAAAUUUGGUCUCGCUAACCCCGCUAGCCCUGGUGGGAUGCAUUCCAAAAGAGCUACAAGGCAUCGACGAGAAGCUGAAGAAUUACCCAACAUGUUUGAUCACUCUAAACGGAAGAGAAAAGGAAUUGAUGGCGACGAAUCUCCAGCUCCGUCAAGACAACGUAUGGACAAUGGCGGUAAUACUCCGUUGGGAACAUAUGAGCGAAACGGAAACACAUCCGCACAACUCGAAGCACCAGCAAAUAGCAUAGAAGGCCUAUUUACGGAGAAAGAGCUCGGAAUGAAAUACAAUGAGGCAGCUCAAGCAGCCUAUAGUUAUAUGGUUCGACAUCCACCAUACGAAGAUGAUAAUAGUCCUCAAAAUGGCAGAUCUGAUUCCAGUCCCGACACUGAUAAAAUAAAUGCAACAUCCGGAGAUGUUGAGAAUGAUGAAUCAGAUUCUCCUCAAUCCGCACCUCAAAUGGAACGUCAACCAUCACACCAGACUAGGAGCACACGCGGGGGAGGAGUAAACUUUAAUACAGGCACAGGAAUUGAUAUUCUUAGUGAUUUGGCAUAUCCUGGAAAUAUGGCAGCAAUCACGAAACAAAUCCCUAAACUACCACCACUUCUCGCCUCGAAUAUGCAGAAAGGAUAUGUGAAAGGAGAUGCUGCCAAUCAACCACAAGGAUUGGCUCCUGAUGAGAUCAAUGCCGAAUUAGAAAUUAUCAGAAGAGGUCGCACAUAUAAUGACGAAAGGGGAUUUGGUAAAAAUCUUGACUUGGAAAAUGGUGGGAAAAGUCUUCUUGAAGCAGUCAGUACACCAAGAAGACCUCAAACCUAUUAUGUUAAAAGCGACAAUAAAGGUACAAUGCUCAGCAACUUGAGAGAAGAAUUGGGUGCAGAAGCAAUGUCAAAACAAAGUUCUAGAGGAGGUAGUGAAGUUGGAGGAACAUCAAUGUCAAGGCAAAACACUAAUGAUGGAACAUCAUCAAAAGCUGGCGGUCGAGGGAAGAAAAAUCUUUUGAUUUAA